AUGCCUCCCGUUGCUCCAAGAUCCGGUGACGCCAUCUUCGCCAGCGUAGAUCGAGUGAAUGCGGAGCUUUUCACUCUAACCUAUGGCGCCAUUGUUCGUCAGUUGAUCACGGAUCUAGAGGAGGUUGAGGAAGUCAACAAACAGCUUGAUCAGAUGGGAUAUAAUAUUGGUAUUCGACUGAUUGAUGAAUUCCUUGCGAAAUCCAAUGUGUCUAGAUGCGUGGAUUUCAGGGAAACUGCUGACGUCAUUGCCAAGGUUGCUUUCAAAAUGUUCCUUGGGGUCACUGCAACAGUGACUAAUUGGGAUGCUGAAGGUACCACUUGUAGUCUGGUCUUGGAAGAUAACCCACUGGUAGAUUUCGUUGAGCUUCCUGACACCUGUCAAGGCUUGUAUUACUGCAACAUCUUGAGUGGGGUUAUCAGAGGAGCUUUGGAGAUGGUGUCUAUGAAGACUGAAGUUACAUGGAUACGUGAUAUGCUACGAGGGGAUGAUGCAUUUGAAAUGCAGGUGAAACUCUUGAAGCAAGUUCCUGAAGAAUAUCCCUACAAAGAUGAUGAGUAA